CGCUGAGCCAUUGUCUGCUGUGCCCGUGGAUCCCCCACGUCACAAGAACCAUCAAUGAGAUGCCAACAUGAAAGACAAGAGGAAGAAGAAGGACCGCACCUGGGCCGAGGCUGCCCGCCUGGCUUUAGAAAAACAUCCCAAUUCACCAAUGACCGCAAAACAGAUCUUGGAAGUCAUCCAGAAAGAAGGCCUAAAAGAAACCAGAAAUGGUACUUCUCCGUUGGCUUGUCUAAAUGCAAUGCUUCAUACUAACACUCGUGUCGGAGAUGGGACCUUCUUCAAAAUCCCUGGGAAGUCAGGACUCUAUGCUCUUAAAAAAGAAGAGUCUAGUUGUCCAGCUGAUGGGACACUGGAGAUAGGCUGUGAAUCUGAGUUGGAUGGGACAGAAAUGGCAGAGGCAAGCAGCAAUGGAGAGGAAAAUGAAGUGUGCCUGAAGCAAGUCACUGAAGAAGCAUCUUCCAACCGAGUGCAGAGCAAGCUAGUGUCUUCCUUCCAGCAGCAUACCAAAAAGGCACUAAAGCAGGCUUUGAGGCAGCAGCAGAAAAGAAGAAAUGGGGUCUCUAUGAUGGUAAACAAGACUGUCCCUCGUGUCGUCCUGACGCCUUUAAAGGUGUCCGAUGAGCAGUCAGAUUCACCUUCAGGGUCUGAAUCAAAAAAUGGUGAAGCAGACAGUUCUGAUAAGGAAACCAAGCAAGGGCAAAAAUCCCCCCCUGGCAAACAAAUAAGCCAGCACUUGAAACGGCUUAAAAAAUCAGGUUUAGGGCAUUUGAAAUGGACCAAAGCAGAAGACAUUGACAUAGAAACUCCAGGAUCAAUUUUAGUGAACACUAACCUGAGGGCUUUAAUAAACAAGCAUACAUUUGCAUCUUUACCUCAGCAUUUUCAGCAGUACCUUCUGCUCUUACUCCCAGAAGUAGAUAGACAGAUGGGAAGUGAUGGGGCUUUACGUCUUAGCAAUUCUGCUCUGAAUAAUGAAUUCUUUGCAUAUGCUGCGCAAGGCUGGAAGCAGAGACUAUCAGAAGGAGAAUUUACUCCAGAAAUGCAAAUGCGAAUUAGACAAGAAAUUGAAAAGGAAAAGAAGACAGAAGUUUGGAAAGAAAAAUUCUUUGAAAAGUUUUAUGGAGAAAAGUCUGGAAUGUCCAAAGAGGAAUCUUUACAACUCACUUCUGUGCAAAAUAGCAGUGAAGAUGAAAGCAGCUCUCUAGAAACAUCUCUGAACCUACCUGGCCCAUCUACCCAGUUUGAGAAUAGCGCCCCAGCUAGUAAUGAAACCCCUGUUGUGUUGGAAACUGAAGUUGUUGAAGAAACUGUGUGUAACAUUGUGUGCAACAUGGAUCAGGUUUCAUCCAAGGUUAUGAUGGGAGAAGGCGAACUAGAGGACAUACUAAUAUCUGAAGAAUCAUUAAUUCAUGAGGAGAUUGCUGAAGAGGUGGAAACGACCAUUUGUGAGUGUCAUGAAGAUGUUGAUAAAGAUGAAGUAGAGCUCACUGAAGACAUAACAAAUCAGGACUCAAAGAAUGAAGACAAAGAAGAGCCCACAGAGAAUGUAGAAUCGUGUGUCGUCAUGGAGGAUGAAGUGGUGCCUCAUUCAGAAUCUAAAACAGAGGAGGAAGUUAAAAGUGAUAGUGAGCAAGGUGCCCCCUUGGAAGUAGUAAGUGAUAUAAUUGAUUGCAGAUCACCGACUCCUUCUCUGUCCUCACAUGGCUCACCCGGGGAACCAACUGAACAGGAUGCACCACAAGUUGAAGAUUUACAUGCAUCAGAGGAUAAUGGUGCUUUCAGUGCUACUGCUGAUUCUGCAUGCAUUGAGGAGACUGUUGCUGUUGAGAUGGAGUUAAUCAGUGAGCCAGAGGAACAGUUUUCUGAAGCUGCAUGUGUUUCUGAGACUUCCUUUUCUUCACAAAGUCCAGAAGGAGCAUGUGUUAGUGUUGCUUCUCCUGGAGGUGACACACAGUCUGCUUCAGAGGAACCUUACACUCCUGCAUCUGUUGAAGCUGCUUUCCUGUCCGAGGUGUCUAGUUUUGAAAAUGCUGAGUCAGAAAGUCAACAAAAAACAACUGCAGAAAGUCCCCCCACCUCUGUAGCUUCAGAUGUCUCACCACUUUCCACCUCUCCAGUGUUGUCAGAAGCAUCUCCUCCCUCUGAUCAUCCACUAACACCUGAACCGUCUCCGGCAUCUAACUUACCAUUAACUUCUGAAGCCUCUCCUAUGUCAGAUGUACCUUUAAUAUCAGAAACAUCUUCAGUAUCUUCAGUAGCACUUGCUUCUGAAACCGGGCAUACAAAUUUACCUGCAACUUCAGAUGCAUCUUCUGUAUAUAGCCCCCCUCCAAAUGACCACCUCUUGCUUCAGCAAACAAGUUCCCCAACUUCAUCCGAUGAAUCUCGGUCACCCUCAAAAGAUGAAACUGAUGCUUACUCUGAGGCAUCACAAGCAGACACCAUUGGAACAGAGCAGGAUAGCUCUGAAAACUUAAAAUAUAAUUCAGAAACUCCAAAUUCUGAUACUUCUCUUUCAGAGGAUGCUUUGAAUCAAAAACAUUAUAAAAGUGAGGCAGACCAGGAGAAGCAAAGUGUCUCAUCUGCAGCUGAACUGUCACCACCUGAUACCAUAACCAUUAAAAACAGUUCAAGUCAUUAUAGGAUCGUUGAUAAAAAAAAUGUAUCUCCCUCUCAAGACGGGCUUGAUGGGAUCCAUUCUAGGAACAAUCAGUCUGUUCACACAAAGUCUCAUGAAAAACCUUAUAGUACCUCAGCAGAAGUGGUUGGAUAUUAUGAAUCUUCCAGAAGUAAAUCGUAUAAGCAGCAAGUUGGCUCUCAAAGCCGAGUAGACAGUUCUCAUUGCAAGUCAUAUGAAUAUAAUAAACAGUCUGAAACAAUUAGUCGUGAACCUGAAAUCUCCAAAAGAAAAACGGCAGAGUUGCAUAGUUUUGGGAACUACAAAGAGAAAAGACCAAGAAUAGAUGAUGACCACCCUAGAUCAUCCUCAAAUUCCAGUCAAUCUGACAGGGAGCAUCCACCUAGGGAAGAGCCCCGCGUUCCACCUCUCAAGAUCCAGUUAUCGAAGAGUGGCCCACCAUUCAUCAUUAAAAGUCAACCUGCUCCCAGGCUUGAAUCCAAGAUUUCUUCUAAUACAUCUGUCAGUGGAGGCAGAAACACUGGAGCUAGAACGCUUGCAGAUAUCAAGGCAAGAGCACAACAAGCCAGGGCACAGAGAGAGGCAGCUGCAGCAGCUGCUGUGGCUGCUGCUGCAAGUAUUGUUUCUGGUGGUGUUGGAAGUCCUUCAGAAACCAGCAAGACUAGAACUUUGGCCCACAUCAAAGAGCAGACAAAGGUGAAGCUGUUUAGUAAGCAUCAGGUUAGAGCUGGUGCACAACAGUCUUGCAGAGAUGGGAAGUCAAAAGAAGGUAUUUCAGGAGCUGAAGCAUCAUCCCCUCCAGAUGCAAAGGUUGAAGGGUCUACUGGUGUAAUCAUUAUGAAUCCUAACUGUAAAUCUCCUAGUAGUAAGCCCAGCCUCCACCGAGAAUUGACGUCCAUGUUACAGAAAUCUCUCAGCUCUUCAACAUCAUCAGAAACAGACUCUGAUGUAUCUUUGCACGGCUCUACUGAAAAUAUUCAUGUGCCACAUUCCAGUGACAAAGCUGUUACAUCUACCUCCACUGAAGAUUGCAGCGUGCCAAUGAAUUAUAGCAAAAAUAUAGGUUCAGUGUCUGUUUGCACCUCUGCUGAUGCCCCCUUUACAAAUGCACUUGACAUGUCUGUUGACAAUGAAAACACUACAUCCCCUGCCUGCAAUCUUAAUAUGAUAAAACCCAUGAAGGAAAAUGACAUUCCUUUCAUUACUGUUACACCAAAAUGCACUGAUGACAAUAACAGUCAUGCCUCCAUAGUAUCUGACUCUGUAGAUGACAAGAGAGUGCCAGUAUCAAACAAUAAUGUUCAUCCUUACACCACUGUGCCAGUUUCAUCCAUUGGGAGUAGUUUGCCAAAUCCUCAUCUUACAAACUCUUUGAGUUCGCUAAGCUCAUCAGUUGGCUCAAGCAGCAGACACUCUGAUAAAUUAGCUGCAGCCAUAUGUGAAGAAGACGUCUGCUCCUCUGUUCGAAGAAUGUCAAACCAUGUGGAAACCAUGCUAGAGUCACAAGGUAGAUCUUCAGUUCCAUUGUAUCCUAACAGCAGAAGAACGCUGAGUUCAGAUCCUUCCCUUGCCAAAUUGCAUCUUGAUAAGUUACACAAUAGCUCAUGUAGUAAUUUAGCAGGUCUCAAUAGCAAGACCUUGCCUUCUGGUUUAAUGCAGACAAAUCGAUCUAUCCCUUGCAAAGUGAUUGUUGAUCAUUGUACAACUCCAAAUUCAACUUAUCCUUUCAGUACUGAAAAUGUUGAAAUCACAGAUUCGCAGAGCAGAAUUGGUAAAACAGAUCUAUCCAUUCAAAGUAAGACAUGUCCUCAAGUUUCUGUCAUUAGUCGACAAGAGAAUCUCAUUAACGAAAGUGCUGAGCAUUUGCUGAGCUCAAACAUUGCUGCUAGGUUAAAGCAGGAUGACAGAAACAAGCCGCCUGCUUCCACUAGCCUUUUGGAAACCUCCUACAUGCAGCAAGAGAAGUUAAGUGACUUGGUUCCUUGCCAACAAAACUUUAAUGAACAACUACACUCUACUUUAUCUUACAAAUGUGGAACAGACAAUAUGACGAACUCUGAGUAUAUUCCUAAUAAUAGAAUAUGUUGGAGUGAUAAAGAACAAAUGAACAAUGACAAAGUAGUUAUCAACCAUUUAGGUAAACAAAAGCACAUGGAGUACUGUGAGGAAAACAUUGUGGAUAAUAUAAAAAGUGAACCAGGAAGUUACUCACAUGUUUCAAAAAUACAUACACGUUCCCCUGUUAACAGUAUUUCCAUCAAAUCCGAAACUGUUGACUCCAGUAAAUGCUUUGGGAUGGAAACAGAAGUUUUUUCAGGGCACAACACUACACCCCAGACAGCUGACUUGGAUUUAGGUUUGCCAUCAUCCAAAACCCCUAUUGGCGUUUCAAGAGAAGAACCUUUGUCAUUAACAACAGAUGGUUUAAAAAGAGUAACAAAUGCAGCAAACACGAGCUGUCGACUAUCAUCAGUCGAAGCAAACAAUCCAUUAGUAACACAGCUUCUUCAAGGCAACCUGCCUUUGGAAAAGGUUCUCCCUCAACCCAGACUUGGGGCAAAACUCGAAAUAAGUCGCCUCCCUUUGCAGUCUACCUCUGUGUAUAAAAUUUCAUCAGAGAGAUUGACGUCUGAAAACUCCUCUUGCUCACCUACGCUUGACAGCAAAGGAUACCCAAUGGGUAGCCUCAACCCUUUGCAAAUAAGGAAGCGUGAAAAUCAUCCUAAGAAAAGAAUGGCUAGGACUAUGGGUGAGCAUGCACAGAUUAAGUGCGAGUCUGGGAAGCUAUCUAUGGACGCUGAUGCCAACUUGUCAUCGUGCAUGAUGAGUUCUAAUGUGAACUCUGUGGGCCAAGAGCAAGCAUUUAAGCAAGAGUGGAUGAACAAGCAUGCAGUUACAGCUAGGAUUGUUCAUAGUCCAGAGAUAAAGCAGCAGAAGCGGCCACUGCCUUCUUGUAGCUUCCAACAAAGUUUAUUUAAUGCUGAUAAAAAUGGCAGCUAUCAUGCAGAAUCUAGUGCAUUGCACAGGCAACAUUAUUAUCAAAUGUCCAUGGCUCAGAGAGGAUCAGGUCCUAAUGUGUAUGUGCCAUCAUCAGGUUCUGCAAAGGCCCAGAGUAGUAACAACGCUUUUGCUUUCUCUAGACAACCUGAGCAGAAGGUUUUGGCUGAGGCUAAUGUACCAUCCCUUCCUUUUAGAAUGGGCAAUGCCUAUUCACCGAACGUUCACAUUAAAGAAGGCGAUGACCUAAGCAAUGCCCCACAGACUCUGCAAAAUAAAUUUUUAGUCCAUCCUUCCUUAUCUAAUUCAGAAGUCCCUUCUGAUCAAAAGCAGCCAGCAGUUACUAUGGAAACCACUAAAAGACUCAGUUGGCCUCAGCCUGCGAGCAUCUGUAGCAAUAUAAAGUCAGAGCCCAUCUCUUUUGAGGACGGGUUACACAACAGCUGUGAACUGACCAUGAAACAAUCUUCCUAUGAGCAGAGUGAAGUCAAAGAACAGUUAAAAGCAUUUGCCUUGAAAAAUGCAGAUUUUUCUUCCUAUUUACUUUCUGAGCCACAAAAGCCUUUUUCUCAGCUUGCUGCACAGAAAACACAAACACAGCAGCUGCCGCAGCAGCAGCAGUGUGGGAGUUAUCCAGCAAUUCACUUUGGUAGCACAAGCUUCAAAAGAGCAGCAUCUGCUAUUGAAAAAUCUAUUGGAAUUUUAGGGAACAAUUCUAAGCCUGUUUCUGGACUCAGCAGUCAGAACACUCCCAUUCCUGCACAAAAGUUUGCUGACAGCAGCAGUGCAGAUGAACUGGAACUGAAGUGUUCUUGCAGGCUGAAAGCCAUGAUUGUGUGUAAAGGCUGUGGAGCCUUUUGUCACGAUGACUGCAUAGGCCCUUCAAAAUUAUGUGUAGCGUGUUUAGUUGUUCGAUAGAGACUAAAUCUAAGAUGGAGUAUCCCCUUUAAAGCCUACA